GAGCGUCUCCCGCGGCCGGAGGAGGCGGCCCCAGACGGGGUGGGCGCGGCGGCCGCAAGACGGGGCGGAGUCGCCCGGCCCCCUCGGCGCUGCUCGCACUCGCGCUCCCGCCUCCGGCUGGCCGCGGGGCUGCGGGGCUGCGGGGAGGGUCGCGGUGGCCGCGAACUCGGGCUCCGGCGCCCGGGCGACGGUGCGGCGGCCGCCAUGGGGAACAAGCAGACCAUCUUCACGGAGGAGCAGCUGGACAACUACCAGGACUGCACCUUCUUCAAUAAGAAGGACAUCCUCAAGCUCCACGCACGGUUCUACGAGCUGGCCCCCAACCUCGUCCCCAUGGACUACAGGAAGAGCCCGGUUGUCCACGUGCCCAUGAGCCUCAUCAUCCAGAUGCCGGAGCUCCGGGAGAACCCCUUCAAGGAAAGGAUCGUGGAGGCUUUUUCUGAGGACGGCGAGGGGAACCUCACCUUCAACGACUUUGUGGACAUGUUCUCUGUGCUGUGCGAGUCGGCUCCACGGGAGCUCAAGGCUAACUACGCCUUUAAGAUCUACGACUUCAACACGGACAACUUCAUCUGUAAGGAGGACCUGGAGCACACGCUGGCGCGGCUCACCAAGUCAGAGCUGGACGAGGACGAGGUGGUGCUCGUGUGUGAUAAGGUCAUCGAGGAGGCCGACCUGGACGGCGACGGCAAGCUGGGCUUUGCGGACUUUGAGGACAUGAUUGCCAAGGCUCCCGACUUCCUCAGCACCUUUCACAUCCGGAUCUGAGAACACUGGUGAGGGCGCAGGGGCCCUGAAGCUGACCCUCUGGCUGCCCUGUCUACACGAGCGCGACCUCCGAGCUGCCCGGAAUGGAGGCGGUGGCCUCUGGGGUUAGACCCACCAACAUUUCCUCAGCCCUUUCAGCAAAAAAAUCCUUAACCAGGGAAGGGGGGUGUGGGGAGCAGGGCCCUGCCACAGGCCAUCCAUCUGGGCCCCCAAGCCCUCCAGACCCCCAUCCUCUCCACGUCAGAAGUGGCCCCACUAGGAGGGGACAGCAAGACCUCACAGGGCAAGGGCUCCAGAUGUGUCCCAAGUCCUGGGAGGGUGUCCCGGUCAUCCAGGGCAAAGUGAAAAGGGAAAGAGGACAAGGUUUCAUGAGCUAUGCAGUCUUUCUCCAAAACUCACGGCUGGGCUGCCCCCCCGGCCCCCCCAAUGUGAAACUGUGUGGACAGUGGGCCAAGGCCUCUGUCCCUGUCCCUGGCUCUAAGGCCUGGGCAUCCCAUGUUCUGCGCCACCCCCCCAAGAUGUCCCCAAGAUGUGGAAUUCUCACUGGUGCGUGCUGUCCACACAUUUGUGAAUUCCUGGUAGUAAAGCAAUUUGACGUCCC